GUACCUGUCAAGAAUACAUCUAGCAAUCAUGCCAAGUCCAUCUCGUUCCCGAUCCCAGUCUCCUGCAAGGCCUGCAGUACUUACCUUUCCUGUUAAACGCCAAAAGAAGGUUGUUCAUCGCAAGCCAUCUGGUCGUCCAACUGUCUUGAAUAUGAUCAUUUCGGCAGUUCGUGCCCUGAAGGAUAAGAAAGGCGCUUCUGUGCAGGCCAUCAAAAGCUACAUCAUGGCCACCUACCCUGGAAUUCCUGCAACUUUGUUGCCAAGUUUGCUCAAACGUGGCUUUCUGAAAGGUCUUCAGACGGGAGCCUUGGUCCGCCCCAAAGGUUCCCUCGCCAGUGGAGCGUCAGGCCGUUUCCGCGUAGGAGUAGUGACAAAGAAGAGGCCCGCCAAGAAGACCGCUGGCAAGAAGAAGUCGGCAGGCAAAGGCAAAGUACGCAGCCGUUCCACAGGGAAGACAAAGAUGGCAAAGAAAGCCAAGAAACCAAAGUCUGCCAAGAAGUCCGCAACCAAGAAACGACCAAAGACAAUGGCCAAGAAAGCUGCCAAAAAGGCCAAGCCAAGCAAGAGGCCGACAAAGAAGGUUGUCAAGCCCGGAUCCAAGAAGGUGAAAAUCAGUAAGAAAGCCAGCGUCAAGUAGACAACUACUUGUUUCAAUUUAAGGACACUGUCCACAGGCCCUUUUCAGGGCCACCCAAGUCAUCACAAA